UCGAAACAUCGCCGCUGUCACACAGCGACAGACUUGUGACAUUGACAAACUCUACCUUACAUAAUAAUCAUUCCGUAAUCAUUUCUGCUAUAGAUUUUCUUCGCAAUUUUCGUGGUCUAACUUCAAGUAUCUACCUUUUGUGUGAAAAAAAAUGGCUGGUGGAGCUGCAGAUAACCCUAACCUCAAAGGCUUGAGCAGAAUUUUCAAUGCCGAAACCAACUUUGGCAGAGCUAACUGCGCAAAAGCCACAUACGCAUUGAUUGGGGUGUUCAUCGCCUAUAAAAUGCUGAAGCCAAAGCCAAAGCCAGAAGCAAAAUAGAUUCGCUCAGUUAGCCGGAAUGAAGAAGAUUUAUUUUAGUUUAGUUACAUCAAAAUAAAAAAAAACAUCCAACUUCAGUAAAAACAGCAGAAAGAAUUACGCAAACCAUGGAACCAAAAUCCACGGAUUCGGCGAUAACAGCAAAAGAGAUCGUACAUUUUUUUCCCGAUCAUCUUUGAUGUGAACGAGAAAUUGUAAAGCCAUUUUGCUUCUGUUAAUGCUAAAUCAACAGUCAAUAAUUAAAUAAAAACUCAAAUUGAGAACAA